AUUCACGUCAUCGAAAAAUAGCAUUCUCUAUAUCAUGGAAGGUAAAACGCUAAAUUUACAAUUAGCUGAAAAUUCGGAAUGCGACACCUUCGAUCACUAUUUUAUCAAGCAUUAUGACAAUCAAUGUGUAACAAAUUAUAAGGUGGAGAAUUUAACCGACGUUAUACAACAGCAAGAUACCGAAAUAUACGAUCUAAAAACUAAGGUAUCAAAGCUUGAAAUGAAAGCGGCGCUGGACCAAGAAAAGUUGAAUUUGUAUAAAGAUAAGCUGAAGUAUAAGGAUGAUCAAAUUGAAUUUUUAAAAUUGCGCAUUGAAUCGUUCAAGAACGGAAAUAAUGAUAACUUUACGGAAAGUAAUCUAAAUCUGGAGCCUUUUGAAAACAAUGGCGAAAUGUUCGAACGAUUUUACAAGCUUUUUAGAGAACAGAAUGAUUUAAUUGAAAUAUUACAGAAUGAUUUAAUUGAAUUAUUCCAAAAUAGAUGAUUGCAAAACGAAGCCUAAGGUGAAAGCGUCGACGUAUGAUGAAAAGGACAAAAUGUGUUAGCAUAAAUAGAAACUAAAGGGAAUUCAAUUGAAUUAACUUUCUUUGAGUUUGCAGCAAUCUUAAUAGCUUAUUUUGAGAUAUAUUGAUUAAGAAUACAUUUUCUGGAUGGCUGGAAAGAGGAAA